GGCGGAGAGAGCGAAAAAAACAAAAACAAAAACUCUGAAUAAAGUCCCUCAAACUCCGGGACAGCGGGACAAGAGCAGGGGAAAGACAUGUCGUCUUCCGGGGGCCUCAUAGACUUCGGCGCUCUGGAGAAGGAGCUGCGCGGGUCCCUUCAGUCUGAGGAGAAGCACCAGAGAGAGAACGCGGCCAAACUGAGAGCCGUGCACCAGAGAGUGGGCUCCUACGACAGCUUCAGGUCUCUGGUUUUGGCGUCUCACCUGAAGCCUCUGGAGAGACACGACCUGCAGGGGGCGCCACGGAAACAGCCCUGGAACCCCGUCGCCGCGGGCAACGGGACCCGGCACACUGUCGCCGCGGGCAACGGGACAAAACCUACGACCUCAGGAAGUCGAGAGGGAAAUGAAGAGAGCUCCACAAACCAGGACUAAACCAGGAUUAAACCAGGACUAAACUGGGACUCAACAGGACUAAACCAGGACUAAACCAGGACUGAACCAGGACUAAACCAGGACUAAAAUAGAACGAAACCAGGACGAAACCUGGACUGAACCAGAAAUAAACCAGGACUGAACCAGGACUAAACCAGGACUGAACCAGAUCUAAACCAGGACUAAACUGGGACUAAACCAGGACUAAACCAGGACUGAACCAGGACUGAACCAGGACUGAACCAGGACUAAACCAGGACUAAACCAGGACUAAACCCAGGGCUAAAGAAUCAAAAGGAUCUGGAGUCUUAUUAUGAUGUCGUGUUUCAAUAUUGUACUUUUGUAGGUUAAUUUUUUGUCAUAAUAUUUUAUCAAACUCUUGUGAAAAUGAAAAACAGCCUGAUUUUCUGACCUUGUACAUUAAAAUGUUCUACAAAAUUUCAAUGUGAAAGUAUUUAAAAGUAAUAAAAUUAAUAAGUUUA